GUAGAGAAGGGCUAGGGAGCGGUUGCCGAGCAGGGGCUCUACCGCGGGCGGGCAGCUGUGCCAGCUAACCGUCUGGGAUCUCGCACUGGGGGCUGCAGCUUUUCCCCGCCUAGAGCCAGUGUGCGGGGGCGGGAGAAAAGCCAGGGGGAGCGGGCUGGGCCCGGGGCUGCGGCUGCGGCCGCGGGGCUGCGGCUCCCCAGCCCCGCCAGCUGGAGCGCUCGGUGGUAGAGGAAAGGUCUUGACUGGGUGGCUGGAUCCGUGGCAGACUCAAAUCCAGGCCAAGUGUAUGGCUGUCUGAGGUAUUGGAACAGAAGGAGGUCCAUUCCUGUUGGUGACAACACCGUGGCCCUGUUCUGGGAUGAGCAAGGUGUAAAGGUUUCCCCCAAGAAAGAGCAGCUGAGUCAUUGCAUCUUGUGGCAGCUGGUGUGUCCAGCACUGAGUCCGUAGGAGCUGAAGUCAGCCUGGGCCCUUCUCAUGGGCAGUGCCCACCUGUGCUGAAGUCCUGCAGCAGUGGCAUUGUCAGGAGCUGUGAAAUUGGUUGUUAACGGAAAAUGUCUGACGGCCUGGAUAAUGAAGAGAAACCCCCAGCUCCUCCACUGAGGAUGAAUAGUAACAACCGGGAUUCUUCAGCACUCAAUCACAGCUCCAAACCACUUCCCAUGGCCCCUGAAGAGAAGAAUAAGAAAGCCAGGCUUCGCUCUAUCUUCCCAGGAGGAGGGGAUAAAACCAAUAAGAAGAAGGAGAAAGAGCGUCCAGAGAUCUCUCUUCCUUCAGACUUUGAGCAUACGAUUCAUGUGGGGUUUGAUGCAGUCACCGGGGAAUUCACUGGAAUUCCUGAGCAAUGGGCACGAUUACUCCAAACCUCCAACAUAACAAAAUUAGAACAGAAGAAGAACCCACAAGCUGUUCUAGAUGUUCUCAAAUUCUAUGAUUCCAAAGAAACAGUCAACAAUCAGAAAUACAUGAGCUUUACAUCAGGAGAUAAAAGUGCACAUGGAUACAUAGCAGCCCAUCCUUCGAGUACAAAAACAGCAUCUGAACCUCCAUUGGCCCCUCCUGUGUCUGAAGAAGAAGAUGAAGAGGAGGAGGAAGAAGAAGAUGACAAUGAGCCCCCACCAGUUAUUGCACCAAGACCAGAGCAUACAAAAUCAAUCUACACUCGUUCUGUGGUUGAAUCCAUUGCUUCACCAGCAGCACCAAAUAAAGAGGUCACACCACCCUCUGCUGAGAAUGCCAAUUCCAGUACUUUGUAUAGAAACACAGAUCGGCAAAGAAAAAAAUCCAAGAUGACAGAUGAGGAGAUCUUAGAGAAACUAAGAAGCAUUGUGAGUGUUGGGGACCCAAAGAAAAAAUACACAAGAUUUGAAAAAAUUGGUCAAGGGGCAUCAGGUACUGUUUAUACAGCACUAGACAUUGCAACAGGACAAGAGGUGGCCAUAAAGCAGAUGAACCUUCAACAGCAACCCAAAAAGGAAUUAAUUAUUAAUGAAAUUCUGGUCAUGAGGGAAAAUAAGAACCCUAAUAUUGUUAAUUAUUUAGAUAGCUACUUAGUGGGUGAUGAACUAUGGGUAGUCAUGGAAUACUUGGCUGGUGGCUCUCUGACUGACGUGGUCACAGAGACCUGUAUGGAUGAAGGACAGAUAGCAGCUGUCUGCAGAGAGUGCCUGCAAGCUUUGGAUUUCUUGCACUCAAACCAGGUGAUCCAUAGAGAUAUAAAGAGUGACAAUAUUCUUCUCGGGAUGGAUGGCUCUGUUAAAUUGACUGACUUUGGGUUCUGUGCCCAGAUCACUCCUGAGCAAAGUAAACGAAGCACUAUGGUGGGAACCCCAUACUGGAUGGCACCUGAGGUGGUGACUCGAAAAGCUUAUGGUCCGAAAGUUGAUAUCUGGUCUCUGGGAAUUAUGGCAAUUGAAAUGGUGGAAGGUGAACCCCCUUACCUUAAUGAAAAUCCACUCAGGGCAUUAUAUCUGAUAGCCACUAAUGGAACCCCAGAGCUCCAGAAUCCUGAGAGACUGUCAGCUGUAUUCCGUGACUUUUUAAAUCGCUGUCUUGAGAUGGAUGUGGAUAGGCGAGGAUCUGCCAAGGAGCUUUUGCAGCAUCCAUUUUUAAAAUUAGCCAAGCCUCUCUCCAGUCUGACUCCUCUGAUUAUCGCUGCAAAAGAAGCAAUUAAGAACAGCAGCCGCUAAGACUGCAAGCCUUACACCUCACCAUCUCCCUCAUGAGUAAGACUGAAAUAAAACUCUGCUGCAGGAAAGAUGGAAGAAAAGACAGUUAAAUGGGGUGGGGGUUCUUUAUCUUUCAAAUGAAUAGAAACUUCUUAUAAGCCUUUUUCCUACUCCCUCAGAUUAUGUAAUUUAUUUGUAAGCCUGAAUCGCAGCCCAAACAGGGCAGCAAUGUUGAAGUGACCAUAAAGCAGUCACUUCCACCGUGAAGCGAAAGAGCCAGUAGUGAAUCCCCUCAUUUUGUGCAUUCACUUUGAAGAAAAAGAUUUCUCAAAGAUGCACACUCCCUCUUCAUAGUGUUGUGUUUGUUUUUAAGUUAGAGAGUAGUCCCUCUUGCAUUCAAACCUCCUUCAAAACUCCUUACCCAAUGUGAUGUUUUUCACUUGCAUUGUCAUUAGAUGUCCAGAAAAAAGAUGUCAAAAUGUUUUUCUUAAAAAAAGAAAGCAAAAACGCAAAGAAAAAAAAAAUUAAAAAGUAAACAAACAAACAAAAAAAAGAGCAAGUACUGUGUGAACAUGUGGAAGUCCAUGCCCUAAUAGAGUCGCAAUUUUUUAUUCUUCUUCUAUAGUGGUGACUUGGUUUGUGUACCUAUUUUUCUGCAUUUGUGUUGGAAAAGGUUUCUUUUAAGACAUUUUCCAAAAGUGGAGAGGAAUAUGUGUGUUCAGGAAGGGCUUUUAAAAACUGUAUAUCUAAAUAAAGCUCAAACAGUGAAGUCCUGUCACAUUUUCACAAUCAUGCUUAAAAGCUAGUUAAGUAAACCAGGUUGUUAAUCUUCUUAAUACCUGGAAAAGGACACACUGAAACUGUGACAUCCUGCUAGGUGAGUUCAGGUUCUGAACCUAGGAAAUCCUGAUAGGAGAAACCACAUUUAAACAAAGAUGGGACUUUCUCUGAGAACCAAAACCAGAUAAAUGUAGAAUACUGAAAUCCUUGUUGGACAUUGAGUAAACAAAGGUAAUGAUACCUAAAUUAAUCCUCUCUUGUGCUUAUAAAACAUAUGCACUGUAAAAUAGGCAUACCAGGAGGAAAUAGUUCCAUUAACCAACAUUUCCUUAUGACACAAAUUAUUCAUUUUGAAAAUUUGUAACAUUUACAAACGUUUUUUAAAGAUCUAAAGAACAGUGAUAUAGUAAACAUUCAACUCUGUAAGAAAUGGGAGGUCAGUGAAAGCUACAUCCCAAUCAAUAUUUGGCUCUAAGUAGUUGUUCCCAUUUUCCCUAUGUAUCACCUAUUUCUGUUUCAGAAUAUGGUAUGUUCAUACUUAAUUCUUUGGGCUUUUGAAUAUCAAAAGCAUAUUCAUAAAGAUCUUCAAAUUCUCUUCAGUGGAAAAUAAUUUUAACUUACAAACGUAUUUCAACAAAUGUCAGUCCAACAGAAUUCAUUUUAUGGGUUCAGGAAAAUAACAAAAUUUGACUAUUAUUUCACCAUACAUCUAUUUAUUAAAAAUUCAACAGCUGGCACUUCCUGAAUCUUCUGAGAACAGAAAAAUAUCUGGAAGGUGUCUGUGUAGAAAAGGAUAUGCUUCUCUUUUGAGUGUAUUGACAAUUUUAUGAAUUACAGAAAGUUGUUUCUGUAAGCCUUUGAAAAGCUAACUAUUUGUGUUAUAGAAGGCUUCUUAAUUUGUAGUAUUCAAAGAAUCUAAACAGAACCUAUAAACAUUCAGCAAGAAGGGGAAAGAGAUUAGUUACUUAGGCCUCUCUCCUUCUUUGCAAAGUUACAUCCAUCCAUUUAACCAUCCAUGUAUUCAUUCCUUAAAAUGAAAGCACUUUCUUUAGAGUUUCAGCAAAACAUUUAGUGUACGUGUUUAUGCUUAGGAGAUGACCCCACGGGUGUGUUUCCUAUUUUCCCUGUUGUUUUCUUUGACUGUAAAAUUUGGGAGGGGCUUGACCUCCUCCCCUUGAAAACGUCCACAUUGGGAUAAAACAACAAAUGUGGAAAGAAAACGAAAUGGUAAUAUUAAUUUGAAGCAUACUAUGUUAUACCUUGCAAAAAGGCAUCUGGGUCUGAACUGCUCUAAUGAGAGAGAGAGAGAGGCCUUAAUUUUGAUUUCAUUUAAGUUUUUUCACUCAUAGUGCCAGGAAAGUCAAUAAAAUCCUGGGAGGCAAAUAAAAACCAGUACAUUGGUGACCAUGUCCUGCCAGUGGAGAGAGCCCAAAACCUGGUUAGGAAGACCUGUUCAUCAGUUAGCAUCUCUUACACGUUGAGAAGGUCUUUUUUGUUGUUAUUUUGGAGAACUUGGAGCAGUGAUCCUUCAGAUCACUGUAGGCAGAGAAAUGGCUUCUCUUUUAUGCUUUCAGUUCAGCAUAUUAAAAACGAGGAGCCAAGCACUUCUUUACUACCACUUUGUACUAAGAUUUAAUAAUAAUAUAUCCCAGGAGGCAUUACUUUUAUAAAUUUGUACCUACGUAAAUUUUCAAAUGAGAACAGCUUCUAAAACCCUUUCCUUGUAUUGGAGAGUUGUGAAUGUUUCUAAUAAGUAUUAGAGAGAAGCUGUUUCUCAUGCCACAAUGAUGCUGAAGGAUUCACAUUUGGUACAAUUGAGCAACUUGGACUCCAGAUUGUUAACAGUUUAUUCUCUUUCCCCAGAUUUUUUUUAGCUCAUCUUGACACAGGUGAGUCUAUCCAAAUCUUUAAUGUUACUAUUGUGCCCUGAGAUAAUAAGGGCACAUCAUUGAAUGUUGAUUCCAAAAUGUCCUGAGAUAGGAAUAGGGCAGUGGGAAAGUCAGGAAAGGGUGAGAAGCACAGUAAAGAUUAUUUAUUUAAAAAAGAAAAGAACGUUAAUGUUGUUAGCAAGGAUCCAGUGCGUUGUCAUAAUCCCAUGAAGAUUGUCGAAUGACACAAUCCUCUCAAAUCAGUCACCAUGUUGGGUAAUGACUUCGUUCUUGCUGAUCUCGUGUAUGUGUCAUUGUAAAUAUUUGUGCGUCCAUGUUCCAUUUUGGCUACUGGAUGGCCAAGUCAUGUAAGAAAAUUUAACUCAAGUAUUUAUUCUUUAUGUUAUUCAGAUUUCUUUCAGGCUUGUGAACUGCACCUCAAUGUUUGAGUUUAACCACCUGAUCCUUACAUCUAUCCCUCCCCGGUGAAGCACAUUCCAUUGCUAAAAGAAAAAGAAAUAUGAAAUUGCUUCCUGUUGUCUGUAUAACUGUUUUGAUAGUUUGAGAUGUUUGUCUAUAAAUGAUAUUUCUCAGCUCAAA